AACCACACCACCGUUGAAAUUUUGCAAACACCAAGCGCCAGCAUGGCUUCCAAUGGUGAGAGCGAUUCGUCCACCGAGGUGAUAACAGCACUCACCAAACAACUAGGGGUUGAUGCCGCUGUUGUUGAGCGGAUUUUUCGUGCAGGUGUUUGCCAUGCAGAGACAAUGUCAAAGCGGCGGCGAGUUGGUGAGCAUCCGUCUGACUCGAGGCCCAAUGAAUCCAAGGAAGAAGGCUCACAGGCGACACCUGCCAUGUUCAGCGAAGGCAUCUCCUUGGAACAGCUUCGGAUAGAACUAGCCGAAUUUGCCAAAGAACGAGAUUGGGACCAGUUCCAUGCCCCGAGAAACCUCGCCCUUGCAUUGGUUGGGGAGGUUGGGGAGUUAUGCGAAUGCUUCCAAUGGAAGGGUGAGGUUGAGGAAGGACUUCCCGGAUGGAGCGAGAAGCAUCGCACUGCUUUGAAGCAGGAAGUAGCCGAUGUUUUUCUCUAUUUGAUCCGACUGAGCCACAAGUGCCACAUUGACCUGCCCAAAGCUGCAUUAGAAAAGCUCGCAGUCAACGCUGCAAAAUAUCCAGCUGGCCUUGUUCGCGGUAGCAGCAGGAAAUACACGGAGUACACAGUGCCAGCAGGCUGAAAAGAUCGACUCCUUGAAUGUCAAGAGGGAUGAAGAGGUUAUGAGUGCUCUAGUGAUGUACGUGAGUCGCAUGAGCAUCCUUUAGCCAGAGCAUCUUGCUUUGCUUCCAAAGUUUUGAAGCUGGAUGACGUGCAAGAACUCAGGGAUUAGAC